ACACAGCGCUGCGAGAAGCCUCGCGCUCCGGCCGCCUGAACGAGUGGGAUCCCGGGACUUGAGCGUAAAGCGAGGACACGCGCUGCUUGCUGCUGCUUUAUUUCUUGGAGGACCGGAGGAGGAAAGCGUCUUAUUCUCACGUGGAUAACAGAGAAUAACAGCGUAAAUACAGCGUUACCGUCAUUAUCAUCAUCAUCAUCUUCAACAAACAACAACAAACAAACAAGAAGAAGAAGAGCAGAAACAACAUCAUCAUCUUCAACACGGAGGACGGCGGGAUGAUCGUGAAGCAGCGCGUUCUGUUCGCCCUGUACAGCAUGUGCGGGAUCCUGCUGAAAGCGGCGGCUACGAAAAACAAAGCGAAAGGGGCCCAGGGCCAAUUCCCCAUCGUCCAGAAUGUCACGGUAACGGAGGGAGGGACGGCCAACAUGACCUGCCGCGUGGAUCAUAAUGACAACACCUCCCUCCAGUGGUCAAACCCGGCACAGCAGACCCUCUACUUCGGGGACAAGAAAGCGCUGAGAGAUAACCGGAUCGACCUGGUCCGGGCCUCAUGGAAGGAGCUGACCAUCAGUAUUCGCGAGGUCACGCUGUCAGAUGAAGGCCCCUACACCUGUUCCCUCUUCACCAUGCCGGUGAAAACAGCCAAGGCCUACCUGACUGUACUGGGCGUACCAGAGAAGCCAGAAAUAAAUGGUUUCACUAAGCCAGCCAUGGAAGGCGACCACAUCACCCUGACGUGCGUGACCUCGGGCAGCAAGCCUGCCGCAGACAUCCGGUGGUUCAGGAAUGAGAAGGAGGUCAAAGGUAUAGAGCUGCAGAUGAGAGCGAAGGAAGUGAACGCCAGUGGAAAGACGUUUACAGUCAGGAGCUCUCUGGAGCUUCAGGUGGACCGGAGCGACGAUGGAGUCGCCUACACAUGUAAAGUGGACCAUGUGGCCCUACCCUCCACCUCACAGCAGGCCACGGAAGUGCUGGAAGUGCACUAUGCCCCUCGUGUUGAGAUCAGGCCUUCUAAAUCGCUCCCACUGGAAGGACACUUUCUUAAACUGGAGUGCGUGUUAAAAGGAAACCCCUCGCCAGACCCAGUGCUGUGGACGAAAGACGGAGGCGAACUGCCGGACCUGGACCGAGUGAUCAUAGAGGGCAGAGACCUCACCUUCACGUCCUUAAACAAAACAGACAACGGCACCUACCGCUGCGAAGCCAGCAAUCACCUGGGCACCAACCACGCUGAAUACAAGUUGUUCGUAUACGAUGCCCCCACCACGCCCUCUCCAUCCACAACUCCUCCCCCUGUAGCCACCCUCCCAGACACCACAGACCCCUUAGACUCCAAGCACUCCAACCCUGCAGUGACCGGUGAGAAAGAUCCCAAUGCUCACAAUCAUAGUCCAGACCAUGCUCUGAUUGGUGGCGUAGUGGCAGUUGUUGUCUUCGUUACCCUCUGCCUAAUCAUCGUACUGGGCCGAUACCUGGCAAGGCAUAAAGGCACGUACUUGACAAACGAAGCCAAAGGAGCAGACGACGCCCCGGACGCAGACACGGCGAUCAUCAACGCCGACGGGAACCACGCGCACGCAGAAGAAAAGAAGGAAUACUUCAUUUAGACUGCUCUCUUCACUCCUUCUUCUCCUCCUCCUCUGUCUGUCUGUCUCUCUCUCUGUCUGUCUCUCUCACUCUCUCUUUGUCUCUGUCUCCACGUCGGAACCGUAUUCUGGCAGCAGUGGAGACUUCUUCUCCUCCUUUACAUCCUUUACUCUGAUUUACUCUGUUCCUCACGCUUUCCUUUGCAUUCCUCUGUUUAGUGUUUCCGGUUUUUUUUCUUCUGAGAUCAGCUCACCUGCCACUUUUUACGAAUCACUUAAAGCAUAGCUGCUGAAGAUGUUCGCCUUUCUUUUUCUUUUUUUGUUUUUUCUUUUUUUUUUUUUUUGCUUUUUUAUUAUUAUUAUUAUUUUUUUUCUAUUAUUGCGUCCACGGUGUGACUGUAAAAUGUACUCACACGAAACAGUGAAAAGUGAAAAAGUGUAAAAGUGCGUAAAACGUGACCCAAAACCACCCAGUUCAACAAUGAAGAAAGUCCACCGCCCCCUUCGCAUCGCUUACAUCAUCACAUCACAUCACAUGACAUCACUUCACAUGACAUCACUUCACAGUGCCUAAAUAUACAGACAUCCAUCCAGUUCCAGUUUCACUCAAAUGCCUUUUUUUUUUUUUCAUUUUUUUAUUCUUCACUUUCGUGUUUUGGUUGAUCUUCAGCUUUACGACAUUAAAGGCAGUGUCAUUUUUGUCACAUCUGUCGGUUGAUAUUAUUAUAUGAUUUUAUUUGAUUUUAUUUUUAAUGCGUUUUAAGGUGUACCUAAAAUAAAGUGCUGAACUUGAAACAGUGAAAGAGGUGGCCUGUGCCCCUCUGCGGAAAAAAUGCUGAAGAGUUAUUAGAAAACAUUCCAUAGUCUUAAGUGAAUAUUGCUACACGAUACGACGACGUGAGGGUGAUAAGCUCGCGCUCAUCUCUCGUCACUCGUCGCAAAUCAGUGUCUGAUCAUGUACUUGAAAUGUAGAUAUGGGUGAGAAGCCUUUAGAGAUAGGACAACAGUUGUAGAGCUACUGAUUCCUCCCUUGUGUUUUAGUUCGUGUGAUUUUCAACACCAAAAAACAUAGCGAGCGCGAUAGCGAGCACGAUAGCAGAAGACAGUGGGCCGGGGGGCUGAAGGCACGUCGUUUUGUAUAAUGCUGAUGAUGAUACUGUAUUACUACCUUUUUUCUGUCCUCAGUGUGUGACAUGCUAUGUCCCCGUCUAGUCUGUAUAUUCCCGCACUGUUACUGUCCCCCUACAGGACAUCACCGACAUGAAUCUGUGCUUUGUUGUCCGUCUGCGGAGGAAAAGAUAUGUACGUACGUACAAACAUAUGUCAUGACGGAAGCCCCUUCUGCAGUUUACAUACUGUACACACGUGCCCUGUCGAGGAAUCUGAAUGUACAGUUGAGGGUUAACGAUAUUUAACAGUCGUGUAUCAGUCGGAAAUUCUUAAUACUUAAUAAAAAAAGCCUUUUUAUAUACUAAGUGUUCCAAAAGUGUUCCAAAAGACGUUAAAACAUUAACACUUUUCAUUAAAUAUCUUUUGAUCCAUUCAUUCCAGAAUUGUUUCAAAUGAUAAAAAAGCCGGGUUCACACUACAUGACACUAGAUUUCAGAUUGUAACAGUUGUACCUUCACUAUAUAUAUAUAUUUUUUUUUUUGCGCCGAGUGGUCCAGUGGUCUAAAGCGCUGCCACAAUGAGCGGGAGGUUGCAGGUUCGAACCCCCGCUCAUGCAGCUUUGCCAUCAAGCUGCCGGCGCUCCGAGGGAGCAAAAUUGGCUCUGUUCCCGCCGGGUGGGUAGAUGGCGCUUUCUCCCCACAUCACUCCUUGGGUGAUGUCUGCAGCACAGCGCGUCUGUGAGCUGAUGUAUCAAAACCGAGCCGCUGCGCUUUCCUCUAAGCGCGCUGUGAUGAUGCUCGGCAAUGCUGCAUCAGCAGAAGCUCGAAAAGAAGCGGUGGCUGACUUCACAUGUAUCGGAGGAAGCAUGUGUUAGUCUUCACCCUCCUGGUGUGUUGGGGCAUCACUAGUGAUAGGGGGAUUCUAAUGGGCGGGUUGGGUAAUUGGCCGUGUAAAUUGGGGAGAAAAUGGGAAAAAAUUAGAAAUAAAAUAUAAAUAUAUAUAUAUAUAUUUUUUAAAUUGUGAAUGUUUUAGUCAUUACAAAUGACAAGAUCUUUCACAAGGAGGAACAAAGACACACAAUAGAAAACACACUAGAUCUGAUGUCAUCCGUUUAAUUCUGUUGGCUAGUCCAGAUAUCAAACCUGCUGGACAUUUGUUAUUGGAUUUCAAGGCAUCUUUCAGCAAUUCACACAUAGAAACUGAGAAAAAAAAAACAUCAAUUUGCUUUUGUCAACCAUUUCCAUUCAAAAUUGGAAAAAAGACAGGAAAAUUUGCCCUUAAAUCGUAUAUAGUGUGAACCCGGCCUUCCCUGCCAUUUAGUGCUGGUUUUACGAUUCAAUUUGAUUUAACGCAGAAGCACAAGCUCAAGAACUAAUACUAAAAGUUAACUAAAACUAAUCUAAAACUGGUAACUAGAGCAGGAACCCAAUAUCAGCGUUCAUGCCUGAGAUAAUACAAUAUACAAUAUAAAACAUAUCUUAUGGUCAGCGCAUCUCAUUCAACACUGAUGAAUGGUGGAAGUGAUUUUUUUUUUGUUUUGUUUGUGUCUCUUUCUUUCGGUUCUUUUUUUCUUUCUUCUUCUUCUUCUUCUUCUUUUUUUUUUUUGGUUCUUCUUUUCUAUUUCUGUAAUGAAUAGGCUCCCUUGUUAAUAAGGCUGUAUAAUACAUCUGCUAAAUGUAGUAACUAGUGACAAUUGUUGUUAGACUUUGGGAAUCCCGCUUAUCAUCAUCAUCAUCAUCGAGUUUGUAUAUUAGCCUAUUUAGACAUUGGUUAAAAGACGAAUGAUUCUCUUUUUUUUUUUUUUUAUGUUUUUGGUCAUUGAGGAUUCUUCUUAUCUUCUUAACCAAGCACUCCAUAUCUUUCGUUUGUUUGGAUUUAAAAGUAUGUAUAUACUGUACAAGUAAUACAUUUUGGUAAAAAGGAGAAAAAAAAACACUUUUGAUGUCAUGAUUUUAUUUGCGGUUUUAUUGUAAAUGACUUUCUUUUCUUUUUUUUUUCAUUUCACUCAAUUAAAAAAAAUAAAUAAAUAAACAGUCAGCUAUGAAUCAGGUGGAAAAUAGGUGGAGGAAUAUUCCAGUUAUGAGUUCUAAUAAUACUGUAGAUGCUGCAAAUUGAGGUAGUGUUUAAAAGGGAGGGAGGGAGGGAUGAGGGAGGGAAAAGGGAAGGGAUUUUAGCGUUUAAUACAAGCCCUUAAUCUGUUAUUGGUCCCAGUGAAUAAUAAUAAAGAAUGAAGUAGCGAAUUCAAGCUAACAGUGGUAUUCUCUGAGAAAUCGAUAGCUAGCUCACUGUCAGUCCACGUAUCAGUCUCUUGUGUAGAAACGGAAUCAUUAAUGCUGGGGAAACGAUAGAAGAUAAAGCUUUAAAUUUGCAGAGUAGAAAAGCAGGAGAAAUGUCUUUUACUCAAUUCCCAGCGUUCCACCAUUAGUCCAACACAAUACAGGCAGGUGGGCAGGCAGUUUUUCUUCGUUCAUGACUCCACCAUAUGUAAUAUACCGAUCACAGGACAGCACUGAAGGGUGCCGGGGCCGGGAGCCGUGGGGUCUACGUGAGGAGAGUUGGGCAUUUACUUAUCUACUUAUCUACUUGAGAUCAUGACAAUACCAGUGCACAAUCCAAACACAAAACACUACAUACUACACCUUGUAAUUUACACCUUGUUAAGAUGCUGUAUUGAAUCACUCUUGGUGGGGAAAAGGGUUCUCUGGAAUGAUUUCAUGGAAAAACCACCGUUGGAUUCCUUUCCAAUGAUAAAACACAAAACAAAGCAAUGGCAGUAACAACAGAAAUGACGAAUAUACAGCUCAAAUAUACAGACAAAUUUAAGAGACCACUUCAGUUUCUGAAUCAGUUUCUCUGGUUUUGCUAUUUAUAGGUAUAUGUUUCAGUAAAAUGAACAUUGUUGUUUUAUUCUAUAAACUACAAACAACAUUUCACCCAAAUUUUAAAUAAAAAUAUGGGCAUUUAGAGCAUUUAUUUGCAGAAAAUGAGAAAAAGAUGCAGAGCUUUUAGAUCAGAUCAAAUAAUGCAAAGAACCCAAAACAAGUUCAUAUUCAUAAAGUUUUAUGUUCAGAAAAUCAGACAAUAUUUGGUGGAAUACCCAGCUUUUAUCAUGCAUCUUGGCAUCAUGUUCUCCUCCACCAGUCUUACACACUGCUUUUGGAUAACUUUAUGCCUGCACUCCUGGUGCAAAAAUUCAAGCAGUUCAGCUUGGUUUGAUGGCUUGUGAUCAUCCAUCUUCCUCUUGAUUAUAUUCCAGAGGUUUUCAAUUUGGUGAAAUCAAAGAAACUCAUCAUUUUUAAGUGGUCUAUUUUUUUUCCCAGAGCUGUAUGAGUCUGGUCAACUUAAUUUUAUUCGUCUAGACAUGUUCUACAUCAAUUCCUGUAUUGUAAAAGCAUAUUUUCCCUCUAUAGAGCAUUAAACAUUUUCUCAGCCAAUAAAUAGCUGAUAGAACCAACGGCAUGGACAAGGGCCAAUAAAAAAAGGGAAGCCUUACAGUAUGUUAACCAUGUUCUAAAGUGACGCCAACUUAUCUGGGCUCACAGGCGUGUAUUCAAGUACUGUGUACUGUGAUCAGAUGAAUGAAUAUUCCUAUAGCUCUCUUUUUAGAUGUUGUGUGCCAAAAGACCAAAGACACAAAGGACCAUCCAGACUGUUAUCAGCUGUUUUAAGUCCAAAAGCCAGGCAGAGUCUGGGGAGUGAAUAUACUUUUCAUCAAGACACACAAGUGCACAGAUGUUUGUUGGAACAAUUGGACUAAAUAAUACCUGAUACAACUUUUUGUGCUCUAAAUUUGUUUUGCAAAUGUACAGAAAAGUUUUUUUGUUUUUUUUUUCGGAACGUGUUUCAUGCCUGAAAUGAAGGAAUGGAUGUACAGUACAGCUCUGGAAAAAAAUAAGAGACCACUUCAGUUUCUGAAUCAGUUUCUCUGAUUUUCUAAAAAAUACAAACAACAUUUCUCACAAUUUUUUUAUAAAAAGAUUGCAAAAAAAUGAAGACCUCAAAUUAUGCAAAGAAAACAAGUUCAUAUUCAUAAAGUUUUAAGAGUUCAGAAAUCAAUAUUUGGUGGAAUAACCCUGGUUUUUAAUCACAGUUUUCAUGCAUCUUGGCAUGUUCUCCUCCACCAGUCUUACACACUGCUUUUGGAUGAUAACUUUAUUCCACUCCUGGUGCAAAAAAUCAAGCAGUUCAGUUUAAUUUGAGGGCUUGUGUUCAUCCAUCUUUAUCUUGAUUAUAUUCCAGAGGUUUUCAAUUUGGUAAAAUCAAAGAAACUGAUAAUCUUAAGUGGUCUUUUAUUUUUUUCCAGAGCUGUAUAUAAACAAAUGAAAUAGAGUUGACCAGACAGAACAUUUUAGCAGUUUUAUCAGAAUCCAAUGUUUUUUUUUUUUUCACAGAAGUGGCAGAGGGUUCUUUAAGGAACCAGUGCUGGUUCUUCUCCAGAGAACUCUUUUGGAUCCUUAGCUUUUCAAGACUGUGAACCUGAAGAAAGCUCUUUUUCUCUUUAUGGUCCACUUUCUUCUCAGUUAGACCAGGACAACCAGUGGUGAUACUGAAAACACACCAGUGUAGUAGUACAAUGCCCGUUUUUUUUCCCACUCUGACUACGACAAGGACACUUCGUAACAACGUACAUUUUCGUAACAAAGACGUAAAGACAUAAAUCAGCUUCUCUUAAUCACCAUGGUUGCCUUUGUGUUUGCCGUGGGAGGUUAAUGUUGUUUUGAUGCAGCACCUUCUCUGGACUUGGCUCCUUGGCGUUCUCUUUCUCUCCACUUUUCUCGACAUGCCAAUGUACAAUAGUCUCUCUCUCUCUCUCUCUCUCUCUCUUUGUCUUUCUCUCUUUUUAUCUCGCUCUUUCUCCGUUUCUCACUCUCUCACUUUGUGCUGGAUCUCUUUUAUACACUGAAUGCCGUAUAUACAAUUUUAUUUUUUAAUGUUCAUUUUUUUCAGCCUGUGUUUUAAUACCCUUUUAUUUAUUUCUUUCUUUGGGUGCUGGGUUUGUUUUGUUUUUUUAAUUCUUCUUCGUUACUGAGCAUGAUGACAUUGUGCUCUCGAGUGCAGGCAGGGCUGCAGAAACAAGAGCGACUUGUGAUAUCUCCUGUCAGCUGCGGAUUUUCAGGCCUGUCGUUUUUGUCGUUUUCUGACAUUAGUUUGGGUUUAAACACGGAUGGAUCGGUCACAAACCGAACACUUUUGUCUCGCGUCGUUUACCACGUUAUCAGGGCUACAAUUUUAGCUGUGUUUUCUGUGUAGGCCUACAGACCAUUGUACAGACACGGUUUUUCUUUUCGAGGUCUUUGAGGACAGUCGAGGUCCUUGCAGAUAAUGUGGAUGGAGCACGGCGAUCAAAAAUCAGUGAAAUAUCCCAGGGUUCGAGCGUAAUCUGUUGUUGGGCCUGUUGGACAGAUGCACAGUUAGCUUUUAGCAUAUGAGGUAAAAUCUUGGUUGUUGUUUUUUUUUACUGAACGCUCAGAUAUUUCACUCUGCCACGCCCUCCACAUUCGCUGUAGUGUUCCCGUACUUUAAACAGGGAAAAACACAGAAAAGAAGACACAUUUCCCAAGAUGCCUCUGUAGAUGAUACAGUAUUUAAAUGAUGUGAUUAGAAUGAUAUGGAAAUGCUAUUUAGCUACUGUGGCUAGGUCAGUGUAACAUUUAUUAAAUUAAUUUUCUGACCGUUUGAGGCUAAAUGCAAAAAUAGAAAAUUGGAUGUAAAAACUCAUUAUUAUUAUUAUUAUUAUUAUUAUUAUUAUUAUUAUUAUUAUUAUUAUUAUUAUUAUUAUGUAGUGCAGUGUACAAAAAAAUAAGUUUUCAUCAAUUUUUCCAAUUUUAGUUUUUUCAUCUCUGCACCUCAUAAUUGUAAAAAAAAUGAAAAUAUGAGUCUUUUAUUUUCUGAUUUUUCAAUUUUUUGCAAGUUGAUUUAUAUCAUCAAAUUUAUAUACACAAAUGGAGAAAUCUGAAUAUCAAGAGCAGAUUUAAUUGCAUUUUUCUUGAAAUUCUGUUUGUAAAAGGCUGAUAUGAAAAGCUCAAUAAUUAAAAAAUUACACUGACCUGCUAAUACAGUAAUUUCCAUUUCUAGCUUUGUUUUUUUUUUAUUUCUGUUUAUUUCUCUUCAGAAAAAGAAUAAAUAUGCUUUUUUUUGGGGGUUUAUACUGUUCUUCAUACAUAUCUAAACAUAUAUACACAUGCUGGAAAAAAAAAAAAAACAAGACCCUAAGUUAUUCUCAGUGAAAAACUAAAAAAUCUCAGUUUUAUCCGUCCGGCUCGAUCCGUCUCCGUUGUUUUGAUGGCAGGAGGUCGUACAAGAACUGCUGUUUGUUUAAAAAAAAAUAAAGAAAAGAAACAUCACACACAAUAAAAAGUAUCUGUGUCACUAUAUAAAUGCAAUCCGUGUACAAAAUGGAAUAGUAAAUGUUUGUGUCGGAAACUGGCCGCCAUAUUACACAGGGCAUGUGACUCCCGUUUCUUUUUUUUUUUGCCAUCCUCUCUUUUUUUUUCUUUUGGCGUCUCAGGAAUGACUCAGUGAGUUGUUUCAUAAUUUAAUUGGAGAGAUUUUGCAAAGUACCUCCCACCUGCUCAUUGCCGACUGCCGAAGCUCUGUAUCUGUUGCUUUUCAAAAAUAGGCAAUUAUAAUGUUAAUAAAAAUCUCAAUGUUUAUUUAA